CUUCUUCUUGCACGUGUAUUUGAUUGGAAUUAUGAUAUGAUAUGCCCAUUUGUAAAGCAUCAUGUACUUUAAUGGGUAGAAUCAGUUCUUGCUGAGAGGGCCUCAAUAGAUGCGACCAGUUUUUAGUAAUCAAAGAGUCCUUGAAAGUUAUCUCGAGUUUAUGGAAUUGAAGUUUAGGAUAGAUAUAUCAUAUCUGAGCGAGACUGUCACUGCAUGCGUGGAUGUGAAUUCAGAGGUUCAAUUCCCCCUCAAGUUUUUCCACACCAUUACCAAGUCAAUUGGAAACGAUAACAGAAUGUAUAGUGAAGAUCGACCUAGAUCCUUGCAUCUGCCCAUCGCACCUCCCGUGAAUUAGAACGUGUGGUUAUGGAAUCUGAGCUGCUACUUCAUAGCGGUGGAUGCCAUUGCAGGAGAGUACGGUGGGAAGUCGAAGCGCCGACUAGCGUAGUUGUUUGGAAAUGCGAUUGUUCAAAUUGCUCCAUGAGAGGCAAUAUCCACUUCAUUGUUCCUUCUGAACGAUUCAAACUUUUGGGAAAUUCAGACCAAUACCUGACAACCUACACUUUCGGCACUGACACGGCAAAGCAUACUUUUUGCAAAGUUUGCGGGAUAACGUCGUUUUACAGGCCAAGAUCAAAUCCAGAUGGAAUCGCCGUUACUUAUAGGUGCGUGGACCCUGGUACUCUGGCUCAUGUCGAGAUCAAGCAAUAUGAUGGGAAGAACUGGGAAAGCUCAUAUGAUGCGACUGGCAUUUCUUCAUAUUCUAAAGUGGAUACAGAAAAGGCAAAACUUGGUUCCAGCUGAAAAUUGUUCUGAUGCUGCUAAUGUCGAGUAUAUAUACUCCGUAGCUCUGAGUAGUCUGUGCGUUUUAACACAGGCAUGAGGUUCCAAAUGUGUACUAUUAUGUAAUACUUUGGUUGGUUGACAGUGAAUCAUACAUGGGAGGCCGUUGAGGUGAAUA